UAAAUUAUGUAUGACAGUUUUUUUUCAUGAAGUUGCUAUUUUAGCAUAUGGAAGGUAUUAGCUGCAUACAAAACAAAAAUGAAAGAAUUUCUUCACUAUGAUCUUUUCCAGCAGACAACCUGGGCCUUAUGGCCACGUGUGUAGUUAGUCACAAUUUUUAUCAACAAAAUAUAUAGUUAUGAAAGAGGUAGUUACAGACUUACGUUGCUAAAAUCGAGCCUUCUUCGACGUAUUAAACUUUUCCAGUGUUCGCAGCAGUCUACUUUUUCCGUCAUCAGCAUGUGUCGCUAAUCGUCGGUUAUACAGGCAUAGGUCCGAGUUCUAACUAGGUGGACUGCAGUUUAGAUUUCUGAGUAUGUCAGUAUUAUUAUCAUUAUUAUUAUUAUUUUGUUAAACUGUCUCUGUCGUUAGCUGUGCAUGAGAAAACUCAGAGAAUGAAACAGCGUUCUGUUUCUGUCCUGUCAAUCCUGUCAUGUCUGAUGUUGUAUCUGUCCAUGGUGCUGAAAUGCUCCUCAGUCACUCAGGUACAGAUGCAAAGACAGAUGUCUCCUUAUCCUCAUUCAUGCUAUUCAGAUUUUUAAUCAGAAUAAUAAUACGAGUAAUACUUAUACGAUUCAUACUAAUAAUAAAAAUGCCAUUGAUGUUGUUGAUCUGUAACCGUCUCCCUUUUGUAACUUUUAGAAAGAUAAAGUAACAGAAUCCAAAUAUCAUUAGGCUCACCUGUGCUGGGCUGAACUUGACCACACCUUAACCAAUUACAAUGACGAGAUUUCGAAUGUAUUUUAAGAACAGUUAAAAACAAAUAAAUAAAUGAAAAUGAAAAUAGGACACAUGCACAGUUAAUGUGAAUGUGAGGGAUGUGCUUUGACAUUUUGGGGCAUUUGUGAAGCAUGUUUCUUUUGAACAUGGUUUUUACAUUUGUAUGUGAAAGUUUAAAAAGUGGGCUCAUGGUGUCGCUGUUGGCUGACAGAAAACGGACAUUCUCCACCCACUGCUGUUCGUACUACCUCGGUCUCAAUUUCAGAGUUUUAUAGAGAAACGGUUCCAUUUCUGAGCUAUUUCAUCGUGCACAAUUCUGAGAAGUGUUGGAUUAUCAAGUACUUUUGCCGGGCUUCUGUUUUUUUCCGUCUUGGGAAACAUAAAUUGUAUGAGCUGAGGAGCCUUUUUGUGUCAGGAUGGGAGACAAAGGAUUCUCAGCGCUCCGUCCGAUCUUUUGCUUCGUUUUCUUUAUUGUAAGGCUGCACCUCGUUAAUGGAGACCUGAGUUAUUCUGUCCCAGAAGAGAUGAAACGCGACUCUGUCAUUGGAAAUAUCGCCAAAGAUCUCGGUCUUGAUGUGAGGACUUUGUCCUCCCGAAAGGCCCGUGUUGAUUUUGAGGGAGCUCAGAAGCGUUACUGUGACAUUAAUCUGAGAACGGGGGAUUUGAUCACAUCGGAGAGAACAGACAGAGAAAGCCUGUGCGGCAAGAAACCGUCGUGUGUUGUGAAGGUAGAUCUGGUGUUAGAAAAUCCAUUGGAGCUUCAUCGAUUAAGUCUUCAUAUUCAAGAUGUCAACGACAACUCGCCGCAAUUCAACGACAACUUGAUUGAAAUGGAAAUAAGGGAGUCGGCAGAAAAGGGUAAUCGCUUCUCCAUCGAGGAGGCCCAUGACGCAGAUAUUGGUCAAAAUGCGGUUCAAAGGUACAACCUUCAGAAGAACGACAACUUUAUUCUCGCUGUUGACAGCAACAAGGUUGAACUCGUACUGGAAAAUAAACUGGAUCGAGAGAAACAGAAAGAGCUUAAUUUGCUCCUGACAGCUUUAGAUGGCGGCUCUCCUCAGAGAUCAGGUACUGUGGUCAUACACGUUACUGUGCUGGAUGCUAAUGAUAACGCCCCAGUGUUCAGCCAGGCCGUUUAUAAGGCCAGUCUGCCAGAAAACUCUCCUGUAGAUACCACAGUGAUUCAUGUUAGUGCUACAGACGCAGAUGAAGGAGUGAAUGGAGAUGUGACGUAUCAUUUUGGCCACGUGUCUGAUGACGACGUAAAUGUUUUCUCUAUUGAUCCUAAAACGGGAGUAAUUAGAGUAACAGGAGUGAUUGACUUUGAGGAAAGGAGUUCCUUUGAGAUGAGAGUGAAGGCUAAAGAUGGUUUGGGGUUAACUUCGUAUGCCAAAGUUAUAAUAGAUGUUACUGAUGUGAAUGACAACGCUCCCAUGAUCUAUCUGAAAUCACUGACUGACCCCAUACCUGAGAACGUGUCACCUGGUACAGAGGUGGGCAUCAUUAACGUACAGGACAGAGACUCUGAGACCAACGGACAGGUCCGCUGCUCCAUUCAGCAAAACGUCCCUUUUAAGUUGGUUCCUUCCAUUAAAAACUAUUAUUCUCUGGUGAGCACAGGACAGCUGGACCGUGAAGUGGUGUCUGAUUACAACAUUACAAUCAGUGCCACUGACGAGGGCUCUCCACCUCUGUCCUCGUCUAAAACUGUUCAGUUAUCUGUAGCAGACAUCAACGACAACCCACCUGUGUUUGAGGAGCAGUCGUACAGCGCAUAUGCGAGUGAAAAUAACAAACCAGGCUCCACUUUAUGUUCCGUGAGUGCUCGAGACCCCGACUGGAGACAGAACGGUACAGUGAUUUAUUCUCUGUUAGCCGGUGAGGUGAACGGUGCCCCGGUGUCCUCCUACGUGUCUGUGAACGGAGACACGGGGGUGAUCCACGCUGUGAGGUCGUUUGAUUAUGAGCAGUUGAGGAGUUUUAAAGUCCACGUGAUGGCCCGAGACAACGGUUCUCCUCCGCUGAGCAGCAACGUGACCGUCAGUGUGUUCAUAUCGGAUGUGAAUGACAACUGUCCUCAGAUCCUGUACCCCGCCCCGGAGGGCAACUCGUUCAUGACGGAACUGGUCCCCAAAGCUGCCCACGGAGGCUCUGUGGUGUCCAAAGUGAUCGCGGUGGACGCGGACUCCGGCCAGAACGCCUGGCUGUCCUAUCAUAUAGUGAAGUCCACUGAUCCGGGACUUUUCACUAUUGGUGUCCACAGCGGAGAGAUCAGGACACAGCGGGACAUUUCUGAAUCUGACAGCAUGAAACAGAACCUUAUUGUGGCAGUGAAAGAUAACGGCCAGCCCUCUCUGUCUGCCACCUGUUCCAUGUAUUUACUGAUUUCUGACAACUUGGCUGAGGUGCCCGAACUGAAGGAUAUUUCUUACGAGGAGAAGAAUUCCAAACUGACGUCUUACCUUAUUAUCGCUCUGGUGUGUGUGUCCACGUUUUUUCUGACGUUCAUCAUCAUCAUCCUCGGUGUGAGGUUUUGUCGCAGGAGAAAGCCCAGACUGUUGUUUGAUGGAGCAGUCGCCAUCCCCGGCGCUUAUCUCCCUCCUAAUUACGCAGAUGUUGACGGCACAGGAACUUUGCGCAGUGCGUACAAUUAUGACGCAUAUCUGACGACAGGAUCAAGAACCAGUGACUUUAAAUUUGUGACGUCUUACAAUGACAGCACGCUGCCUGCUGAGCAGACUCUGAGGAAAAGUCCAAGUGACUUUGUUGACCCUUUUGACGAUUUAGAGGCGUCUGCAGAGGUAGGAUUCGUUUAAAUUGUUUUUGAAUGCUUUUUUGAUUUUCUUUUCCUUGUCUGUUUGCCUGUAGCACGUGACUGUGUUUUGAGC